AAUACUUCUCCUCAGUCCCCUACUAGUAGAGCCCUGCUUGAACCCAUAACCCUGGAUUUUGAUCCCAUGAGCUUCGAGUUCAAGGAAGACUCCCCACUAACCUCUCCUUCCGAUAGCAACCGUGACCUUGGUGAGAUGCUAAGUCCAUCCCAGAAUGCCGAUGUUGUUGAAUUUUUUGACCCAUUUUGUCCAGUUAAAGAAGAAAGUCCCACAGAUUAUUAUCCAAAUGUUAUGUUAGGUCAGACAACUUUGGGUGAACCACUUCUGGAUGGUUUAUCGGAACCACAGCAAUUUUCUGAACCUCAGCAAUUUUCUACUACUAUUGAUGAACCACUGGUGGAUCCUUUAGGAGAACCAAAUGAAGAAGAACAACAACAGUUUUCUACUUUGGAUGAACCACUAAUAGACAAUUUAGCAGAACCGCCAACGUUUACUAACGGUAUUCCUACCUAUGAUGAUCAGGACGAUAUUGAUUUGCAUGAUCCCUGUCAGGGUGAGUUAAUUCCAGAAACAACUCCUGAUAUUGAAAUUGAGGAGGAGGACGUAGCUGAUAUUGUGGAUGUGGAUAUUGUUAAUGAACCUUUGUCUGAAUUUUGUACUAAUUCUGAAAUUACUGCUGUAGCCAGUUCUAAAUCUGAAACAUCCGGCGAUGUUGAACUUUUAACCGAACUGGAACAGACUCGCAGUGAAGAAACCUGCGUAUCCCCAGUCAGCGAACAAGUGUUUGAUGAUAACAAGCAUGAUCUGAGCUCACAGCAUGAGCAAUGCCAAAUUUUUGAGGAUGAUAUAUCUCGAAGAGGGCGAACAAAUUCCUCUUCCUCUUCACAUUCAUCCAAAAGUGAUAUCAGUGAAAGGAAAACUUCAUAUAAAGUGACAGAGUCUAGGAAAGAAGAAACCAGAAUAUCAUCAUCUAGUAUUAUUUCUCCAAAGAAAGAAACCAUGAAGAAAGAAAUUACUACCAUCAAAGAAAAUAAAAAGGCUGAAACUAACGGAUAUUCCUCACACAAUGGAAUUGAUAGCACUGUCAGUUUAAAGAACAGCAAAAAUGUGGAAUUAGGUGAAAAGAAGGUGAGCACAGAGAAGAAUUUAGAUGGCUUAUCAUCUGUUACGGAUUUGAUGUCAUCUUAUGUCUCUUUAACUACCCAAGAAAGUCAACCUGUUGCAUCUAAAGAAAUAAUCUCUACUGGCGUUGACAUAAAAUUACUGAAAUCAAACUAUGCUCAGCAUGGUGGAAUUAAUAGGGGUAUCUCCCCUGACAGAGAAGUUAUAAAUACAGGAAUAGAUGUCAGGGCUCUUAAAACAAGUUUCACUAAGAGUAAUGAUGAGUCUCAACAAAAUGUGUUUCAAGAAGAAGUUAAGCCAUCAGUCGAUCGAGUCAAAGUACAGCGUACUUUUAGUCAGAGUGGCCAAGAUGAGCUUUGUCUUUGUAAAAUAUGUGGCAAACAUGUUUAUCAGAUGGAAAAAAUAAAAGCAUGCAAAAGUGUAUAUCAUAAAAAUUGCUUCCGUUGUAAAGAAUGCAACAAGCUCCUGAAUGUUGAUACAUAUCAGUCUAAUGAAGGCGAUGUAUAUUGUCAACCUCAUUUUCGUCAGUUGUUCCAACCGAAAGCAAGAUUUGAUGGAGAAGAUGCAGCACCAACAGCUGAAAUACUGAAUGACGAAGGAAAGCAGCGACGUAAUGAAAUGAUAAUUCGUGAAAACACUCCUGCUGAGUUGCCUCCAGAUGUUGUGAGAUCCGAUUCCAAACCGGAUCAUGGAUUGGAGAAUAUUCCUGUAAAUCUCAGCAGUAUCAAGUCCAAGUUUGAAUUAUAUCGGGAGGAGCAUCAUCUUCCUUCCACCACUGAUGUGUGCACUCUUCAAAGAUCUGCUAGUGUGAUGGCCCGAUUGGCGAAGUAUCAGUCGGCAGUUUCUGGUGGCGAUAAUGAAAAUGGUGAAUUAUCUGAAUCUGACAAUGAUGAGGAAUGUAGUGAAGAUCCCACUGUUAUCAAGUCAAGCAAGCACAAAGAAAAGGUCGUUUUUAGUGGAAUGUCUAGUUUAAAAUCUCAGUGGGAGACAGGCUCUGUUGCUGCUACGAAGGAAGAAAAAAUUGAAGAAAAAAAAGAAGAAUUGAACAAGUUGAGGCAACGUAUAUGUCUGGGAAGGUCAGAAUCGAUGAAAGCAGUGUAUGAAAAAGCUUGUCAAGAUAAGCCAGUUGUUGCUCGACCAGACCCUGUGGAUAUUGGACGUGAAGUAAAAGCCACUCGGCUGAAGGAAAAGUUUGAAAAGGGAGAACUUGUUAGUGAAGUUGAAGAAGAAAAUCUGGAAAAGGUUCGAAAGGAGAAAGAAGAAGACUUAAGUGUUUUUACUGAGCCAGGUAUUGCUAAUGAUGCUAAGAAGUUGUUUAAGCAAAUGGAUGCAACUGUAAAAUCAACUGCUGUAACUCCUGUGGCUUCAAGAUCUCCAAACAAAUCGCCUCUUCAUGAGAAAAAUACAAUUCUUCAUUCGCCUAUCAAAGAUACUGAUGUGGUUAAAUGCAGUGAGCCAACUGAAAAAGAAGAAAUUCCUGUUGACACAACAGAUGUAUCUCAACGGUUUAAAUUUUUUGAAAACUAUUCAGAUGCUCCCAAAGAGAGGAAAAGAUUUCAGAUUACACCUCCUAGGGAACCUGCUAAAGAAGAUACUCCAGAAAGGGAUAUCCCUGUUGAUCCAAAUGUUGUCCGUGCUGUUGAUGUCAUUGAUGAUAUUCCAUCAACUGAUACAGCACGUAGAAUGUUGGAUAAAUUUAAGGCGCUGGAGAAGGAAACUCCAACGGUUCCUGCAGGUCCAAAACCAUUAAAGCGCAUCACUCCUCCUCGCGAAUAUACCAAAGUUGAUGAAUCCCAUGACUCAUCGCCUGAACCAGAGAGGGACCCCAAUAUAGUUCGUUCAAGCUAUAAAGUUGAUGAUGAUAUCGUUGUUGAAGCAGAUAAAGCCAAGAGUCUGAAAGCAAAAUUUGAAAACUGGGACACUGAACUUAAUAAUAAAAAAAAUGAAGAAGAUGAAGAGGAAGAUUUCCUCCCUCAAGUAGAUACCACAAAAACACUACGAGCCAAGUUUGAAGCUAUCAAAGAAGAUACUUUAAAACCAGUAGAAAAACCAAAACCCAAAGUUAAUAGAUUUAUUCAAGAACAGGCAGCAGUUAAUACUGACACAUGUAGCAUUUGUGGCAAGAAAGUAUACCCAAUGGAAAAGAUGGAAACUAGUGGAAUGCGAAUUCAUAAAAAUUGUUUCCGUUGUGCACAUUGUAGUUGUAUGCUCAGGUUAGAAAACUACACAAAGAGUGGAAGAAAUCUGUAUUGUACUCCACAUUUUAAACAACUUUUUAUAUCAAGAGGAAAUUAUGAUGAAGGUUUCGGUCGUGAACAGCAUAAAGAAAAAUGGAAUCGCAGUUGUAAUAACACACCUGUUCCACGAGACAUGCAAGAAAAUGAUGAUAAUGAACUUUCAAAUGGUGAUGUGAAGUGCUUGGAGCAGACAGUGUAAAUUGAUGCACAAACAUACUAAAUUGUAUUUAAGCAAUUAUUUGUCAUAUAAAGAUCAUAACCUAAUUUGUGAGAAACAGUAGCAAGCAUUUGUGCUUGAAAAUGUUUUAUACUGCUGUUUUAUUGUGGUUUUUAGCUUUAAUCUGCAUGAAAACUUCGCUUUCCUUUUGAAUGCUACAAAUUUUUGUCAUUAUUAGUGCAAUUAAAUGUUUUAGAUGUAUUUUAUGUUUCCUUUUAAAUCGAUUAUAAUUUUUUUUAAUUCAUUUAGCAUUGUAAAUUAUUGCAUGCUGGAUCCAUGGCAGUCAUUUUUUGCUGUGAAUUUCUUUAUAUUAUGCUAUAUUUUGUGUUACGACAAAAUCAAACACAUAUUCUAGUUAAUUUGUAAUUUCACUUACUGUAAAAUUGUCUGUUGAUGUGAUAUGGAAACUGUUGCAGAAAGCCCUGCAUCACUAUAAUCCCAUAUCUUAAUCUUAAAAACAUGCACACCUUGUUGCUAAUAUUGUACUUAAAUUUUUUGUGUGCUUUGUACAGCUUAAUUUUUACGAUUUUUAUAACUGCAUGGCAUUAAUUUUGUGCCCUUUUUCUAUGAUUUUUAAUAUGUGUGUGUAUGUUGUGUGUGUAUGUGUGCGUGUAUUGUCUUUGGGUACGAAAGACUCAUGGUGCUUGAUGCAUUCAUUUCAAUUUAAGUUGCAUUUUUCAAAGACGUUUAAAGCUAUAUCAGAAAAAAUUAAUAGGACUGCAAAUAAACUUACAUAAAAUUUUUGAAAAUUUUUGGAAUUUGAGUUAAAAUUCAUUUCAAAACGUAUUGAUUUCUCAUUAAACCUUCCAAGCGUUUUUGAGUUGAUGCAUAGUUGCUAUAAUCAAAAAUUGUAAAUCAACUAAACAAAUUAAAAUGUUUGUUGCUUGUAUGGGUGCUAACAACUCUGUUGCGGUCUUUUUCUUAUAAUAUGAAAACAAUUCGUGUGACUGAAAAUAUACAAGUAUGAUACUGUUCAUUGUAGUAUUAAUUUUAAAAGACACUGAAAUAUGCCUUUGGGUGCAUGUUUUAUUUAAGUUACCAGCAGUGCUGACACUCUGUUUUUGAAAUAAACUCCUUUUUGGAAAAUAAUUUAUGCGAAAUUUUUCGCUUUCAUUUACUAAAAUCUCUCUGAAAUUGUAUCGAACAAAUAAAACUUGCUAUACAAGUUUAAUGGUGAUAAAUUUUAUACCAAUUUGUGAAAAUGUUAAAAAGUUACUCAAAUUGUAAGAUACGAAUUUUUAGUUACCGUAAAUCUUUAGAUUUAAAUAUGAUGAUAGAACUGAAUGUGUUUAUAGCUCUCUGAAUGAAUGUGAACGUUGCUACGUCUGCAUUUAAUACUGUAAUUCAGCGAUGACAACUAUUAAAAUCCCCAAUGCUAAAUUUAUUUCAAAUACUUAAAAAGAAACGACUCGUUUUUCUAUUGGUUAUAUUCUUGUGGAGUGUGAGUGUUUUGUUUUCUAUGUUUUAGGAUUUGUUAAUGAAUUGGUGAGCACAAAAGAAUACUCUUUUAAAAUUACAGUUGCGUUACUAAAAACAUCUUCCAUUUAUGACGUGUAUUGUACAGGUGUAUAUUUGUGUAGACUUCGUUAUUUUUUAAAUUUGUUCUGCCUAUUGUAUGCCAAAGAGUUACUGUAAAAGGCAAGAUUUUACUUGCAUAUUACUAGUAAUUUUUGCCCUCAAAUGUUUUCUUUCCCCCUUCCUAUUCUUCAUACAUAUUUAUUCUAAUCAAUAAUCCAGAAUAUUUAAAAGCUUGAAGAUAAAAUAACUUCAUGCAUAUAUAAUUUUCAGCAACACGAACUAUUGUAUCUGGAUCUUAACUGAAAAAAUCUUUGAAUUUUAACAUUUACUAUAUAUAUCGAUGUUUGAAAUUAGUUUUCACAAUGCAGAAAUGGUAUUUAAAUAAAUUGGAAAGCUCUAUCAAAAGAAAAGGAAUAGAAUUUAACAAUUUUUUCAAGAUUAGAAACUUGUUCGAAUCAUUUUUAUUAGAAUAUAAGAGAUUUAUGCUUGUGUUGAAGUAACGUCGCGUAAACAGUAUUUAUUAGCUAUUUAUAAUAAAUUUUGUUGGAAAGCAAUUGUAUCACUAAUGAUAUUCUUCCCUCCUUUGCACUUAAUAUCAGAAAUCAGUGUUUAUAUCAAGAAAAUUAGUUUAUAUGGAUAUAUCUUUAUGUCAGCAGACGCCAUUCAUUAUUCAAACUUUUAGUGAUGCCCUUAAUCUAUUAGAAGGCUCAUUAAAAGAUUUGUUAUAUUGUAUGAAACAGCAGUGAUUUUUCUAAAUUAUGUGCAUUAAUUGUAAGAUUUUUGACAUUAAGAUCCCCUGGACCUUUUGUUAACUUAAAUGUUAUAAAAGAAAUAUCCUAGUCUUACUGUGUACUGUUGUGUUAAAUUAUAACAAGCUUGAAAUUAAGAGUAACCUGUAUUUAGAAAUUAUAGUUUGUUGUCUCCUUUGAAUUAUCAUGACAGGUGCUUUUGUGAUUAUGUGAUAAUCUGGUUUUCUGUCUUCCUCUUUGUAGAAUCAGUAUGUUCCAUUAUAAAAUAUCACCUACUUAUGGACACUCAGUUAUGGAUAGUCAUUUUUUUUGUAUUAUCUAAGUGUUAAACUUGUUUUAAAAUGCAAGGUUAGGGGUGGUUUCUUUAUAGAUAAAACACUUAUGGAGUGUCUGUAUAGGAGAUUAUGUUCCUCUUCCUUUUUUUUUUUUUUUUUUUUUGUAAAAUUAUUAAUAAAUGUAAAUUAUGAAUAUAUUUUGUAUCCUGUAUUUGUAUUCAAUUAUCUGAAAAGAGGCCAAAAGUAAAAACAUGGUAUCUGGUAGUUAUUUGUUACUAAUAUGUGUGAACUCAAAAUGAACACCAACUGACUGAUGUUGUUGCUAAAGUUUGUGUCAAGAAACCUGCAUUAAAGUGUUUCGUUUGAAUUAAAAUUGUAUUUAUAAAAGA